UGUUACCAUGGCCGAUCAACAGUUCACCCCAUGAAUCGCCCUUCCUCUCUUCCAUAGCUCUUCGUCUUUCUUGUCUUUUACAGUCUGUCUGUUGCUCCAAAAAAAGUGGGUACCGCUGUUAAUUUAAUAGCAAUUACAAUUUAAAUCCCUUCUCCCAUGGAAAGCAAUAGACUAAAAAUAAGAACUAAGCUUUCCUUUUUCCUUUUCGCCAUAAAGAUCCCUUUACUCUCCACCCUUUCUCUCUCUCUCUCCCUCUCUCAGCUGAUCGAAUCAGUGCAGUACAAGUCUGCCGUUGAAGUUUCAGGAGGUAGUCAUCUGUAUAUAUAUAGUUCCCAGGAGGAAGCCGAUAGACGGUUGACAUUACGUUGCAAUGGCCGGCUCUAUCAAGAACCUGGAUCCUGCAUUCCAGACUGUUGGUCAAAGAAUCGGGACAGAAAUAUGGAGAAUUGAAAACUUUCAACCGGUUCCUCUGCCUAAAUCUGAAUACGGCAAGUUCUACACAGGGGAUUCUUAUAUCAUUUUGCAGACUUCUGCUGGAAAAGGUGGCAGUUAUUUAUACGACAUCCACUUUUGGCUUGGCAAGGACACAACUCAGGAUGAAGCUGGAACUGCUGCAAUCAAGACAGUUGAGCUUGAUGCGGCCCUUGGAGGGCGUGCUGUGCAACAUAGAGAAUUGCAAGGUCAUGAAUCAGACAAGUUCUUGUCAUACUUCAAACCCUGUAUUAUUCCAUUGGAAGGUGGUGUUGCAUCUGGAUUUAAGGAACCAGAAGUUGAGAAAUUUGAGACACGAUUGUAUACAUGUAAGGGCAAGCGAGUUGUGCGUCUAAAGCAGGUACCAUUUGCCCGUUCCUCGUUAAAUCAUGAUGAUGUGUUUAUCCUAGACACUGAAAAUAAGAUCUAUCAAUUCAAUGGUGCAAACUCCAAUAUUCAAGAACGAGCCAAGGCUUUGGAAGUUAUACAAUACUUCAAGGAUAAAUACCAUGAAGGGAAGUGUGAUGUUGCAAUUGUUGAUGAUGGAAAGCUGGUGGCUGAGGGGGACUCUGGUGAAUUUUGGGUUCUCUUUGGUGGUUUUGCACCAAUCAGCAGAAAAGCUAUAACUGAAGAUGACUAUGUUCCAGAAACCACUCCUGGGAAACUGUAUAGUGUUUCUGAUGGUCAGGUGAAGCUUGUUGAAGGUGCAUUGUCUAAAGUGAUGCUUGAAAAUAACCAGUGCUAUCUACUGGAUUGUGGAGCUGAGGUAUAUGUUUGGGUAGGCCGAGUGACACAACUUGAAGAAAGAAAGGCUGCAACCUUGGCUGCAGAUGAAUUCAUCUCUAGCCAAAAACGACCAAAGGCUACACGCAUUAUUCGGGUUAUUCAAGGAUUUGAGCCACAAGAAUUUAGGUCAAACUUUGAAACAUGGCCAGUGGGGACGAGCACCACAGUUGCUGAGGAUAGUAGAGGAAAAGUAGCUGCAUUACUGAAGCAGCAGGGUGUUGGUGCAUCUAAGGGAGCCCCGACAAAUGAGGAAGUCCCUCCUUUGCUUCCGAUGGGUGGAAAAAUUGAGGUGUGGAGAAUAAAUGGGAAUGCCAAGACCAUGAUUUCUAAAGAAGAUAUUGGUAAAUUUUACAGUGGGGAUUGUUACCUUGUUCUCUAUACCUACCCUGGUGACAAGAAGGAGGAGUACUUUUUGUGCUGUUGGUUUGGAAAAGAUAGCAUUUUGGAUGACCAAGCCACUGCAAUUCGAUUGGCAAAUACUAUGGCAAACUCCCUGAAGGGGAGACCUGUUCAGGGCCGUGUUGUUCAAGGAAAAGAGCCACCACAAUUUAUAGCACUCUUUCAGCCUAUGAUUGUCCUGAAGGGUGGACUAAGCUCUGGCUACAAAAAGUUCAUAGCAGAUAAAAAUUUGAAGGAUGAAACCUAUGGUGCUGAUGGUGUUGCACUAAUAAGAAUUUCUGGUGUCUUGGCGCAUAACAACAAAGCAGUUCAAGUUGAUACGGUAGCUUCAUCCUUGAGUACCAAUGAUUGUUUUGUGCUGCAAUCGGGAUCUUCAGUUUUUACUUGGCAUGGAAAUGUAAGCUCUACUGAACAACAACAGUUAGCGCUGCAAAUUGCUGAAUUCCUGAAGCCGGGGGUGACUCUGAAGCAUGUUAAAGAGGGAACUGAAACAUCAGCAUUCUGGCUUCCUCUUGGAGGCAAACAGAGUUACACAAGCAAGAAAAUUGCCCAAGAAACUGUGAGGGAUCCACAUUUAUAUGCAUUUUCAUUGAACAAAGGGAAAAUGGAGGUCUCAGAAAUUUAUAACUUCUCUCAAGAUGAUUUAUUAACGGAGGAUACGAUGAUUCUUGACACACAUGCUGAAGUCUUUGUUUGGAUUGGCCAGUGUGUGGACUCCAGAGAAAAACAGAAGGCAUUUGAAAUUGGCCAGAAGUAUAUAGAGCGAGCUGCUGCUUAUGAAGGAUUACCUUCAGAUGUUCCUCUUUACAAGGUCACAGAAGGGAAUGAGCCAUCUUUCUUUACCACAUACUUUGUGUGGGAUUCUGCUAAAGCUAAUGUUUCUGGAAACUCAUUCCAAAAGAAGUUGCUGAUGCUGCUUGGAACACCAUCUCAUUCCACUGAGAAGUCUGACAGCAGUAACAGAUCCAACGGCAAACAAGGGGGCCCAACACAAAGAGCCUCUGCUAUGGCUGCUUUAACUUCUGCAUUUAACCCUUCUAGUGGCCCCAAAACCUCACCUCCAAGACGUGGCAGUUAUUCUUCUGGACAAGGUUCUCAAAGAGCAGCUGCUGUAGCAGCACUUUCAUCAGUUCUUACUGCUGAAAGGAAGGGAUCAUCUGAAGCUACUCCACCGCGGUUCAGGAGUUCAUCACCAGAUAUCUCUGAGACUGAUGGCAAGAGUUCCAGUGCAAGUUCUGUAGCUGAAGAACAAGAAGCACCUAAAGAGACUGCAGAAACAAGUGUGUCUCUUUUCGAGUACCAUGGUGAAGAUGCGGGGGAAAAACAAGAGGUGGUGGUGUUGGAGGAGAAUGGAAGCGGUGGGAGCACUUUCAGUUAUGAGCGUCUUAAAGCAAAGUCGAGUAAUCCUGUCACUGGAAUCGACUAUAAAAGAAGAGAGUCUUACCUAUCAGAUGUGGAGUUCGAGAAAGUAUUUGGCUUGAAGAAGGAAGCAUUCUAUCAACAGCCUAAGUGGAAGCAAGACAUUCAAAAGAAGAGGGCUGAUCUCUUUUAGUUUGUCCAUCGAAGCAUGGUGUGAAUGCUUUUCUUGUUAUUAAUUCUUUUAUAUAAGCAGUAUUUUGGUACUGGUGGUUAUGGUCUUUGGAGGCAAAACGGCAGCAUAGUUUUGAUUGUCGCUAUCAGGUUGUCGGCUUCCGAUUAUUAGCAUGUCAUGGGUCGUGUAUGUAAGGCAAGAUUUGAGAAGAUAGUUAGUACCAAUUCUUUCUUUUUUGGGAGCACUGUUUGACGUUGCUGCUCCUAUUUGUUUGCUAAAACCUCAGUCUGUUUUUCAUUGGUUGGGGAUGUGUGCCCCCUAUGGGAGGGGAGUAAAGUUUCUUGGUAGUUUGUAUUUGCCAGUGUAUGGAUAUAUGCUGCAUAGCAAUUCAAAUUAAUUUUGUUUGGCUGGUGCUUUUCUGGAAAA